AUGACUAAGCUAGCCCACACUAUCAUAAGUGAAGAUCUAAAUCCAUGUCUGAGAUUUGAAGGAGAGAGGAGGAACCGGAGAAACAGGCUGUGCUUCGUCAUUGUUCGUGGCUUUUGUUAUCAGUUGCCUCCUGAAAAGGCCUCUGUGGUGUCUGCUCCACAGUGUCUGGAACGAGCCAUGAAGUUUUCAUUCAACGAGUUUCACCUGUGGCACCAGCUGGGCCUGUCACUCAUGGCCGCCCGGAAAGUAUCAGCAGCUAUGGAGCCCCUUCAGGCAGCUUUAUCUCUCUGUGGGGAUGACUUACACUCCCUCCACCUGCUCACCCUGCUGCUCAGUGCCCAGAAACACCACCGUCAUGCUCUGGACACCCUUACUUUGGCCCUCGGCCAGCACCCUGACAACUUCAAUUUGCUGUUCACAAAGGUAAAGCUUGAAGAGGUGUUGCUCGGCCCGGCUGCAGCCCUGCAUACCUGUGAGGAGAUGUUGCAACACUGGCAGAGCCGCUAUGAUGUCAGCCGCUCCAGUGAGACAGAUGACAGCAGCAGUAUACCGAUGCCUGAGAGGACAGAGGUCAGCCCCAGCGGCAGGAAACCCUCCAUCCACCUCACCCUGCCUGACUUCCAGGACGCCUCCACUGGUUCACAGAGUCCUUCAUCAGUUGCACUAUCCCGUCUUGAAGCGGCUCUGUCCGAGGUGUCAGACCUCAGCUCUACCCGUCGCCAUGGGCCCACCUAUAUUUGGACCAUCCUGGAACGCAUUUGGCUGCAGGGCCGUCUGCUGGUGAAAACUGGGCGUGUCCACCUAGGCGAGAAGGUUCUGCGUGAUGCGGUUCAGAUCCACAGCACCUCCCACGAAGCGUGGAGUGGACUGGGUGAAGCUCUUCAGUCUCGGGAUUGCAACCAGGCCCCCGACUGCUUCUUGACAGCCCUGGAGUUGGAGGCCUCCAGUCCCGUCCGUCCCUUCACUGUCAUCCCCAGAGAGCUCUGA